AUCCGCUUAAAAACCUUCCGUUUACGAAAGCUUCUUUUAACUCCUGCGUUUAACACCCGCAUUACAGUUUCCGAGCUGAGAACGCGGAGGAUUCAUCAGCUGAACAAAUUGUGGUGUUGUUAAACUUACUACACUUUUCUUUCUCUAUCAAUGCUCCGCUCUCUCCGCUCCCGUCGUCGCCCUCGUUAUGGAGUACACGUGUGCGCCGUGAUUUCCGCUCUCCUCCUCCUCCUCUCAGUGUCUCUCCUUCAUACCCGCCUCUCUUCUUCUCACCACCAGGGCCGUUACCAUCACCACCGCUACUACCCUCUCCACUCCCGAAAUGGCUCUGAUUCAGCCGACAUUAUUCAUCAAAAUACCCUUCUAUCCGACUCCGACGACAACUCAAAUGAUGACGUAGUUGACAAGAUCGACGAGCACGACACCUUCGAAGACCAAAACGACACCACUGGUUUCAGAAUUGACGAUGAGGAGUUAUCAGGCGGCGACCUUGAAAAUGGCCAAACCCAAAUCAAAAGGAAGAUUUCCACUUCUGGUUAUUAUAUGGAUCACAUAACUGGAUCGAUUCGUAGAGCUCCGAAUAAACGCUCGAUUGACGAUUGGGAUGAUUACAAUUCUUUUAGUGUAGGAUUCAACGUAGAAGAUCAAAGCAAGGCUGCGUUUGGAAGUGACGAUAUUCCUAUAGAUGAGGAAGUGAGAAGAAAAGUGAUCGAGGUUCGUGGGAUUGAGGAUGCCUUGUUGUUAAAGGUUGGGAAAAGAUCUUCUCCAUUAAGGGAAGGGUGGGGAGACUGGUUUGAUAAAAAGAGCGAUUUCUUGAGGAGGGAUAGAAUGUUCAAGUCGAAUUUGGAGGUGUUGAAUCCUAUGAACAACCCUAUUUUGCAGGACCCUGAUGGGGUUGGGGUUACUGGGUUGACGAGAGGGGAUAAAGCGGUGCAGAAGCUGUUGUUUAAUGAGUUUAAGAAGACCCCGUUUCUGGUUAAGAAGCCCUUGAGGGUUUUGAGAAUAAAUCCUGAGGAUAAAGUGGAAGAAAAUGGCGGUGUGAUCGGAAUUAGGAAACCCGGUGAUAAUGGCGGAGAUAAAGGUGGUGAGAGUGAUUUCAAGAAUGGGGGUGGGAUUAAAAUAGCAGAAAGGAGGAUGUUUUUUGAUAAUGUGAGUACUGGAUCACGUAAUGAGAGAGUAAAUGAUGUUGUUGAGAAUCUGAUUUCUGGUGGAAAUAUGAAUUUAUUAAAUGAUGAUAAAAGGAGUACUGUGAUUCAGGGUUCCAGUUCAAAUAACAGAUCAUCUGCUGAGAAUAUAAAAGAACCCAAUGGGAAUAGAAAUUCAACUACAAAUGAUAAUAGUAGUGAUGAAAAACUUAGGCAAAUGGAGAAUAGAGAGCCUAAGUCACACAGGAAGUCUGAGGAGUCCAGUUACAUAUUUGCAGACGGGAAAAGAUGGGGCUACUUUCCUGGAUUGCUUCCUCAUUUGUCUUUCUCAGAUUUCAUGGAUUCUUUUUUCAGCAUUGGGAAGUGUGACAUGAGGGUGUUCAUGGUGUGGAAUUCCCCGCCUUGGAUGUAUACUGUUAGGCACCAGAGAGGGCUUGAGAGUCUGCUGUUGCACCACAGGGAAGCUUGUGUUGUAGUGCUAUCAGAGACAAUUGAGCUGGAUUUUUUUGCAGGAAGCUUUGUGAAAGAUGGUUACAAAGUUGCUGUUGCCAUGCCAAAUCUUGAUGAAUUGCUAAAGGAUACACCAACUCAUGUAUUUGCUGAUGUUUGGCAUGAGUGGAAAGGGACAAAGUUCUAUCCCACACACUACAGUGAGCUUGUCCGGCUUGCUGCCCUCUACAAAUAUGGUGGUAUCUAUCUAGAUUCUGACAUUAUAGUUCUAAAUCCAUUUCCUGCACUUAAUAACACUGUUGGUCAGGAAAAUCAGCUCAUUGGAAGUUCUUUGAAUGGGGCUGUGAUGGCAUUUAGAAAGAACAGUCUUUUCAUAAUGGAAUGCUUGAAGGAGUUUUAUACUACAUAUGAUGAUACCCAAUUGAGAUGGAAUGGGGCUGACCUCUUGACGAGAGUUGCAAGAAGAUUUUUGAAUAGAAAAGAUAAAUCUUCAACACAGCUGGAGUUGACAGUGCAGCCCUCGUAUAUCUUCUUCCCUAUUGGUUCACAAGACAUUGCAAGUUACUUUGCUAGACCAAAAGCGGAGACUGAAAAAGGUACACAAGAUGCUUCUUUCAAUAAGAUUCUGAGGGAGUCCUUGACAUUCCAUUUCUGGAGCAGCUCAACGUCUGCUCUCAUCCCUGAGCCAGGGAGCCUUGUGGCCCAGCUUCUUGAUCAUACCUGUAUUCGUUGCUUUGACGUGUUGUAAUUUUCUGAUUUCACUUAACUCACCAAUUCUGCAAAACCUUUAUCAAGUGGGCGGAACUAGUGCAGCAACCUGCUGCAAGUGCCACAAAAAGAAUUCAUAAUUUAGCUUUUAUAAGAUAAUAGUUCAAUGCUGGAAAUAUGAAGUAUCAAAUGUACAGUUUUUUUUUUUUAUUUUUUAUUUAUUUUUUUUUAUAUGAUGUUAACUAGUUGCUUAAGUGGCAAAAAGCCAAACUUUGAUAGAAAAUUGGGGUGUACUUGUACAGUGUUUGGUUUGAUAAAGGAUGGUCAGGUGUAACGUGCAUCAUUGGGAAAACUGUCAAAUUUGUGUGUAA